AGGACACGGGCAAACCCUCCGGACCCAGAGGGCCUAAGGCUCACACGCCAUGACGAAGCGCGCGAAUCCACCACCGUUGUCAAGAUCCCUAGUGCAGGACAAUGUUCCCGCGAAAGUGACCGAUCGGCUGUGGAUUGGGUCCAUCCAUGCGGCGUUUAACCAGGACAGCAUGCAAGAUAGGGGGAUCACGCACGUCCUGAACGCGUCAGGUUUGCCGGCAACGUUUCCCCGGCAAUUCACCUACUUUACCGUGGACAUUCGAGACAAGGAGAGCUCCAACAUCCUGACCGCCAUCGGGGCUGUCAACAUCUUCGUCGAGGCCGGGAUAGAAAAAGGAGGCGUUCUUGUCCACUGCGCCGGCGGACGGUCCCGCUCGGCGGCGUUUGUCGUGGCCUUCAUAAUGUCAACGCAGGGCUGCUCCUAUGACGCCGCCUACGCGCAGGUACGACGGGCCCGGCCAGUCGCCUCCGUGAACCGCGGCUUCGAGCAGCAGCUAAGGGCGUAUGGCGCCGCUCAGUGCAACGUUUUCGCCGCGCACCAGAUGAUGCUCCGUAUCCGAGCGGCGGCACUCUUGGAUCGAAGAAAUUUGCUCCUCCUGCGAAGGAGCAGUGGCGUCACGCCGUCGGAAACGGUCGGAGAUGGCGCGGAGGGAGGGGAGGCAGCAGAGCACACCAGGACAUCGCCAACAAGGGCGUCUGCUCAACACCAGCUAGGUGCAAGAGGGGCGGCGGCUGCGGCGGGGUCAGUGUCCACAGCGGGAAUACCGCCUACCCCGAGGUCUCCGCGCGGAAGGGGACGGUCGCCCGCCGGGGUAAACCCUGCGAUGUCGUACCGGCAGCAAAGGAGAUGGAGCGGGAGCGGUAACGGGAGUGCGGCUGUCACCACUGCGGUGGUAGCGGCAGCUGCAGCAGCGGCGGCGGCGGCAGCGGCGGCGGCGGCGGGGGCAGGGAAGUCCCGCGAGGAGCAAACGCAGUUUUUACCGAAAGAGCCACGACCCAUUAGAUUCCGUUUGUGCAGGCCGGGGUCUGCGUCUGUUCAAGUCAUCCCUCCACUAAAGAAUUUGGAACGUGUCUACGCAUGUCGCGGCUGCGGUGCCUUUCUUCUCACUGGCGGACAUAUCAUCAAGCCCAACAUCGAUCUACCAAGUCUACAGGCUGUCCUCGCUCGCAGCUCCCCGCGGAACCAGGCGGAUCAAUACGCACCGGAUGCCGGUGCUUCGCCCCUCUCUCUCGUUACCUCGAACUCCAUUGCAACGAUCACGAGCGCCAUGGCGGCAUCACAACAACAGUCUCCGCCCUGCAGCGGGAGUGCCAGCGCCAGCGGUGGUAGCAGCAGCUGCAGCGGUGGCACGGACACAGUGGUCACCCGCGGGCGCGGUGAUAGACGGUCACCUAGCCCGCUGUCGGAGCGGAGGGGCCAGUCUAGGGUGGCGGUAGCGACGACGACGACGGUUUCGGUUUCGUGUGGGUCUCCGACGACGAGGCGGUCGGCCGCCGCUCGACCACCCCCACCACCGUUGCGAGUCAUUACCACAGAGCUUGGCCCAGACCGCCCCCCCAUGCACAAUCGGUGGGCGCCGGAAGGGUUUCUUGCCGGGGUUCAGGCAACAACGGCGGGAGCAGGUCCUCCGUUGCAGGGGGCAACAGUGACGGUUGGAGGGGGCGGGGCAGGGGGCGGGGGAGGGACUGCAGUAGCGGAGGCAGUACGGUUGCAGUCCCCGUUAGGGUUCACGCCUUCCCCAAGCAGGUUAAGACCCUGGGCGGCGGGGCGGUGCAGCAGUGGGGCGGCGACCGGUGGCGGUGGCGGUGAAGGGUGUGCAGGAGACAGCCGGUGCGGAGAUGGCCAGCGAAACAGCUCGGUGUUUGCCUUCGAAAGUGAGGACGAUUCGAGCAACGUCGAUCCGUUUGAGCGGGAGGGGGAGGGGAUGCUUGCGGAGGCAUAUCCCGUGGCCGUGGAUGCGAUUUACACCGCUAGCGGCAGCGGUGGGAGCGGUGUCAUUAGCGUAGGUAGCGGCGGAGGCGGCAUGUCGUACCCGGGUUGGGAAAGUGCGGUGGGAAGCGGAGGAGGAAGCGCGGGGUGCCGGAGAUUACGCCGGGCGACUGGGACACCUACGAACGCGACCCUGCAGUCCGGAGAGUUUAAUUUGAUGCUGUCUUCAAAAGUGCCGUUGUCCGCGGGCUCUGGGAUGGAAAGCGUGAGCCCCUUAAUGACCCCACGAUCUCCCAGGACGCCCGCUUCGUGCGGGAGCACCAGUCCAUGCGCGUCGGACGGCUCAUUGUCGAAUAGCCUAAGCAGGCCGCAGUCGGCUGAGAAGCGGCAGUUCUUGAUGCGGAUGAGCCAGAUGGAAUCUCGAACACUGGCGACGACCGGGUCGCCUAGCUUCCCGGACACGGAGAACCAAAAUGAACGGCCCACCUCGCGGCCAGGGGGUCGAUGGCUACACGUCGAUCUGUUGGACUGGAUGGGAGAUAUCAUGGUAGCACCGACCGGCCACAUCUGCUGUCCCAGCUCAGGAUGCGGAGUUGAGCUUGGAAACUGGUCGUGGGAGAAGCCGGAGGCGGCAGGUCUGAAGUCCCCGACGGGUCCGCCAUUGAUCCGCCUGGACAAGGCGCUCAUCAAAACCACGAGCUACAUGCGGUCGCAGCUAGACAGCAGUCGAUCGAGUCUGAGCCGAGACAACACGCCCAAAGGCUCCCCGUGUGCCAGUGCAAACAGUCCAAGCAAGGGCUCUCCUGGAAGUGCUUUGCCGGAGUCGGAUUUGAGGCGGUCGUCCGGUAUUUUAGAGAGUAGGUUGGCUGGGCUGUCGGCAUCGCCGCAGCUCACACAGCCCGCGCAAGGUUCUCCCGGGUAGAGCAUAGCCAGUAUCCCGCGUCCCCGGUAUUUUGUUCUAUGUAUGCUGUCUCAUGCCGAAGUUUACUUUUCCAGAUUUUGUCUUCUUUGUUUCAAAGUGUUAAAAGUGUUUGAGUGCUGUUUUCGCCGAGAGGGGGCAACUCAGCUGUGAAUUGAGCCGGGAAUGCUGGACUGCUGGUGUUUCGGAGGGGGUUGGAUGGGUGGGGGGCAUUGUAAGAGUGCAACUGAUGGCAAUAUGUCACCUUGCAAUUUGUGAAAUUGUCGGUGUAUUUUCAGCCCAACAGGGUCGUGGUUUUAUUUAUAUGACUAUUUACAAGACGCAUAUUUAACCCUUGAAUUGAAAACGUGUUGAUUGCCUUCCGGACUUGCAAGAGAACUACUAAGAGGUAUGUGGGGUGGCAUGGGUGUUGCUUUGCCCCGCUUUAGUCAUCCGAUUGUGGGACAU